AUGCUCCGCAGAGCUCUCAACACAGUCGCUCUCUCGAGCACGCGCCGGGCCGGCUUUGCGACGACGGCUCGCGCUAUGGGUGCGGGUGAUACCGGGGCACCCCCAAAGCUGGGCGGCCAAGGUGACGCCUUCCAACGGCGAGAGAAGGCCAACGAGGACUAUGCCAUCAAGCAGCGUGAGAAGGAGAAGCUUAUGCAGCUCAAGAAGAAGCUCGAGGAGCAAAAGGCCCACCUCCAGCAGUUGUCUGACCACAUCGACGAGAUUACGAAGAACCAGGGCGGCGAACACAACUAA